AGGUGGUACAGUAGUUAGAGGAUUGGACUUGGAAUCAGGAAGACUAAUCCUCCUGAGUUUUGUAAAAUGAACUGGAGAAGGAAAUGGCAAACCACUCCAGUGUCUUUGCUAAGAAGCCAAAUGGAGAGCAAUUGGGAACUAUGCCCAAGGACUAUAAAACCAUGUGUGACUCUUUGAUUACAGUGUCAUUACUGGGUCUGGAUUCCAAAGAGGUCAUAAAAGAAGGGAAAGCACCCACAUGUGCAAAAAUGUUUGUAGUAGUCCUUUUUGUAGUAGCAAGGAACUGGAAAUUUAGUGGAUGUCUUUUAGUUAGGGAAUGGUUGAAUAAGUUAUGGUAUAUGAAUAUUGUUCUAUAAGAAAUGACAAGCAGGCUGAUUUUAGAAAAGCCUGGAAAAACUUAUAUAAACUAAUGCUAAGUGAAGUGAACAAAACCAAGAGGACAUUGUACACAGUAACAACAAGAUUAUGUGAAGAUCAACUGUGAUGGACUUGCCUCUUUUCCAUAAUGAGGUAAUUCGAAGUAAUUCCAGUAGACUUGGGAUAGAAUCAUCUGAAUCUAGAGAGAGACUGAAUGUGGAUCAAAGAAUAGUAUUUUCACCUGUCUUUUUUUUCUUUCUUGUAUUUUUUUUCCUUCUGAUCUGAUUUUUUUUUUUUUUUGGUGCAGUAUGCUGAAUAUGGAAAUAUGUUUAGAAGAACUGCACAUGUUUAACAUAUAUUGGAUUGCUUGCUGUCUAUGGGAGGGAUGGUGUGGAGGGAGGGAGAAAAAUUUGAAACACAAGGUUUUGCAAAGGUGAAUGUUGAAAACUAUCUUUGUAUGUAUUUGGAAAAAUAAAAUGCAACUAAAUUAAAAAAAGAAGAAGAAGAAUCCAAAUGGUGUCAAAAAGAGUUAAGCACAACUGAAUUGCAAAUGAAAUCACUUUGCAAAUUCUUUAAUUGCUCUACAAAUAGUGGCUAAGGCUGCUUGGUUACCUUCAAUACUUUGGAAAAACCUGCUUUUUAUAGCUUCUAGUCUCUCCUAUAUUGAUAGCCAAUCUAAUCCUUGGCCGAGCAUCUCAGGACUUGAUGGAGGGCAAGCAGUCCAUCACUUGACAGCUGAUGUGGUUUGGAACUCUUGACCUGGGGCAGCUUUGGGGAAGGAAUGAUUAUUGUUUUUUCAGAGUCUUAUUAAUCAAUGUGGAUCAUUGGUUCUAAAGCUGAGAUAUAUGAUUUUGUUGUUGUUCCUUUGUUUUUGUCUAAAGGGCACCGAAGAGUGUCCCUAAUGCCAGUAACAAACAGGCAUACCACACCAGGGAACCAAGCACUACUAUUUCACCAGAUAUAACCAUAUAAAAAGUUCCCCAGUUUUCCUUGCUCUUUGUAAAUUCCUUUUCAUUGUCCAUUCCCUAAACCCUAAAGAGAACGAAUUUUGCUGGGAAUAUAAAGCGGCAACUACCUCCUCCGGAGCUCCAGUAGUCCUUCUGGAGUGUCUUUGGAUUAGGAACAAUUUCUCUGGCCUAUUUUGGAUAAAGCCAAAGUAAGCUGCUGUUUGAAAGACCUUUCCGAAGGAUCGCUGCCGUAGUGGCUCCCAGGAUAGGUCGGGUAGGUCAGCCUCCAGCCACUCCCAGCACCCAAUUUGGGUGGGCUCCCUUUCUGCUCAGACUGCGCGCGACCUCUCUCUUUCCAAGCAAACAGACUCCAGUCCAGCCUAGGUCAGGACAAGAGAAGGAAAGGGGCCAGAGCUGGGGGGAGCCAAGCGAGAGGCCCGUUUUGGGGGAGAGUCGGUCUGUAGGUCUGUCCACACGCAUCUGGAGCUGCUGGAAUUUCCACUCCCUUCCAAGGAUUGCAGCUGAAUUGUUCCCACUGCCUCUCGAGUCACGUGAAACGAAGAUUAAAUCUCCUGUUGUCAGCAUGCUCUAGCCACCCCUCAGUUUUUCAGCCGGAUUCAGUGUUCCCGGGCUGCAGAGAAGGAUUAGCCCUUCGAACCAAAUCGAGGCAAUGAGCCCAGGAGCACCUUUCAACAGGCUCAGUUAGCUGCAAGCACCUUGGGCCACUGUCCAGUUUGCUGCAUUUUCCUUAAUUCCCCAGAUUCUAGACAGCCUGCCUCAGUGGCGGAAGGUGUCCACUUCGGUCUGGCUGCAGCAGCACGGAAUUUCUUAAGAUGUCUGGCACCGUGGAAGAAUUGGAAGCGGGUAACGAGGCCCCCCUACCCGAGGAGGGUAGCUCAGCCAAGAUUAGCCCGCAGCUAGAGCUGCCCACAGAAGAGGACCUCUUGCUGGCUGCUGCCUAUGUAUAUGAUGCCCAAUAUAAUAGAAACAUUCCAUUUGAAACCUCACCUCAAGCUAUCAGAUUUUACUAUCUUUACAGCCACUGGUCUAUGCAAAUUGCCACCUACUUCUUUAUUUUUCUAGAUCUUUCUCUUGCCCUGUUUGAGGAGCCUGCUGUAUAUCCACUCCCUUUUCUGGCUACCUCUCUUGUUGAAGUUCUUUGCCUUUGUACAUUCUUUGGGCGGCUUGUACAGUUUGCAAAAGUCACUUCACGGACAGUUUUCUGGAAGGAUACAAAAAAUAUUUGUAUCUUGCUAACUAUACUGUUGACCUUACUAGAUCUAAUUAUUUAUGGAACUCUUAGAGUCUUUAACAUCCAUAGUGUUCGAUGGUCAAGGUUCCUGAGGCCUCUCUUCUUAAUCAACUUUCCUGAAAGUCGUCAGAUUCGAAGAGCCUUCCGAAGUAUCCGGAACACUUUGCCAGAGGUUCUCUAUGUAUUUCUCUUGCUCAUAUUCAAUGUGUUGAUGUUCUCCCUUAUGGCCUUGAAAUUAUUUGGUGAUAGGAAUCUUAAAACAGUGGAAGGAUCAUCCUAUUUUACAAAUAUCCUGGAUAUAAUGUUUGACCUCUAUGUGCUGGUAACCACUGCUAACAGCCCUGAUGUCAUGAUGCCUGCUUAUAACUUAGAUUGGCGGUAUUCUCUCUUCUUCAUAACUUACAUUGUGAUCAAUACCUACAUCUUCAUGUCUGUUUUUUUAGCUGUUGUGUACAACAACUACAGAAAGCAUUUAAAGAAUGAGAUUCGCAAACUGGCUUACAUGAAACGUCACAAAAUGAUAAAGGCUUUCAACAUUCUGAAGACUCAGGAGGGCCCAGAAUUUGUGGUUAAGGAAGCCCAUUGGAAGCAGUUAGUAAAAAUGGUGGCACCUGACAUCAGCAAUUCCCACCGGGAGCUCCUUUUGAGGAUAUCUGAUGAGGAGCAGAAGGGAUAUGUGGACAAAAAAUGUUUUUUAAGAUUAGCUGAUCUAUUGAACAUUCAAGUGAUUACUAUGAAAUUUAAAAGACAUCCCCUGGAAAUUUGGAUGCCCCACGUAUAUAAAUCUUCAGGAAGUCUUUUUAUACAAAAGAUAGUUCAACACAGAGUGUUUGUAUGGAUUUAUGAUGUAAUUAUCCUAAUAAAUGCUGUAUUCAUUGCUUUGGAUGAGAAAAAUCCAUUCAUUUCCUAUGCGGAGUGGGUUUUCCUUACUCUAUAUAUUAUUGAAAUACUGUUGAAGUUGUAUACCUAUGAACCCAAGACAUUUUUUGCAAGGAAUCAGUUCUGGAACUGGUUUGAUACUUUAAUCAUCAUUGCAGCCUUGAUGGCCACAAUAGCCAAUACUGCAAUUAAGUCAGCCAUUGAAUACAAUAGUCAACAGAUCCUGGAUAUUAUCUUCAUAUUGAGACUCCUCCGGCUCAUAAGGAUUGUUGACAGCAUUCAGAGAUUCCGGGUCAUAUUGACAACCUUAAUUAAUAUUAUCCCCACGAUGCUGACAUUUGGAGGACUUGUUUUGGUGGUGUACUACAUGUUUGCUAUCAUUGGGAUGGAAUUAUUCAAAGACAAAGUCCAGUUCUUCUCUGAGAGUUCUACAGAUUCUCAUGCUCUUGACUGUGGGAACCCAGCCUUGAAAGAUUCAACAUUUGCCCGGAGCAGAUACUGUAAGAAUAAUUUCAAUGACCUCGCCUCUUCAUUCAUCGUACUGAUGGAACUCACCGUGGUAAAUCAGUGGCAUGUUAUUGCUGGUGGUUUUGCCCUUGUAACUCAUGAGGCUACAAAACUAUUUUUCAUUGCUUUUCACAUUGUGGUCGUCAUCCUCAUUGUUAAUAUUUUUGUAGCAUUCAUUUUGGAGGCCUUCUUUGUGGAAUAUUCACUAGAAAAAAGUGAAAUAGAAACUACUAUUGAGAAGAAAAUUCAAGAGCUGGGUAUGGGAAUUCAAGAGGAAGAUGUCCCUGAUGGACAACUAAUAAAUAACAUGGAAACAAAUGAAAAUGAUCUUAGUGGUGGAGAAGAAAUGCAAAAGCAAAGCUCAAAAGGAUUGUUCUUCCGAAUUGCUUCAAAAAGGUACAGGACAGUAGAUGCAUUAUUACAACGGAUGUUUGAAUCUGAAAUCUCUCCAGAAGACGAAGGACCUUCUUUGGAUGAAAUAUUGAACCUUUCACCCAGUGAUAUGUAUCCAAAGAAUCCAACCUUUGAAAAUUCUGCAUAAUCCCAGCUUGCAAAGGGAACAGAACUGGAAAUAUGAUGAGUGGUAUCAUUUUUUGGCACAUCUUAUCUGGGUGAUAUUUUUUGUCUUGGGAUCAGAAUAAAUUUUUAGCUCAGAACUCACCAAAGAUUCUUUUCUUUGUAUUUUGCCUAAAAUCGAAAGGAAAUUUUGAAAACAAAUAGGGAAUAUUUUAUGCAGGGAUUAUUAAUAGCACUUACUGUGCAUGCGUGUGUACAUAUGGAAUUUUAUUUCAGUGCAUAUAUAAAAUCUUAGUCGUUUAUUUUUACACAAUAUUUUGCUAUCCUAUUAAAUAGAUGUUGUCAUGUUCCAAGAAUUUAAAAUAAUUAAAUAAUUAAUGGAAUAUUUUCUAGUACAGUAGCUUCUACAGAGAGUGUUGCUUUUUACUUGAUGGGAAAUAUGAAUGUGGGAAUAAAAUUAAGUAGAGAUUA